UUGUCAUCCUCUGUGCAGGGCUGCAGCUCCCCCAGUAGACCGGGAGCUCCAGGAGGGCAGGGGGCAGUCCCACCUGCUCUGUGCCCUGCCCCAGCCUGGACCUCAGCUGGAUCCAGGACCAGCUGCCAAGAGCCACCCCACUCCCACGCUGCCCUCUUGCCUCCAGCCAUGGCACCCCUGCUCACCCUGUUCCUGGGGACCCUGGUGGGCCUACCACUGGUGCAGGCCCUGGAGUGCCAUGUGUGUGCCUACAAUGGAGACAACUGCUUCAACCCCAUGCGCUGCCCUGCCAUGGUUACCUACUGCAUGACCACGCGUACUUAUGACACCCCGACCCGAGUGAAAGUGAGCAAGUCGUGCGUGCCCAGUUGCUUCGAGACCGUGUACGACGGCUACUCCAAGCAUGCCUCCACAACCUCCUGCUGCCAGUACGACCUCUGUAAUGCCGCUGGCUUCACCGCCCCAGGGACCCUGGCCCUGGCCCCCAUACUCGUUGCCACACUCUGGGGUCUACUCUAAAGCCCUGGGCCCCCAGGGAGACCCAAUCAGACAAAGCUCCCCACAGACACAGUCCCUCAACCUGCACCCUCUCACGCUGCACACCCCACCAGCUUUCUCCCCUUCCAAGACCCCCUCAACCACACCCAUGGCCAGGUCUGUCUGCAAAAGAGCUUCACACCUUCCCACCCACCCACAGGGCCUUACUUCAAGGCCAUGAUCUUUUAUUAUUAAAAGGCUGACAUGUGGGACUGGACCUCCCAAAGGUGUCUGGCCCUGUCAGAGA